UUGACAUUAAAUCUACAGAAAAUAAUUAGGGCACCCGAAGAUGUUCAUUCCAGCCAUAGAGAACGCCGUGAAGGCGUUGCCGUUGUUCACAGCGCUGCAGAAACCAAUUUUCAACGCAGGAUAUACCCACGAUUCAUUCUCUGUCCAAGAUGAAAUCCCGGACGGACCUUUUAGUCUUUGUGAAGUUUCCCGCGCAACAGAUCUUCUUGCUAUUACUUCCGUAUCCCUAAGCAAACGACCUGUUUGUAUGUAUGUUGCAUGACGCAUAAAUCGCAUCAUUUGCCUCCAGUUUGAGGGCACUCGCUGACACUUGGUAGUGAUGAUAUCUCUCUCGUCAACUUCUACGGCGAGUUCCAGGACUGUUUCAAAUGAAAUGGGACCAUCGAACUCACCGUUAACUGUGGCUCUCACUGUGAGGAAUACGGAUAUCCGAAAGGCACUCCCGGAGCUAGUACCAGCUUCAACUUCUGUGAAAUGAGCGAGAUUGAGCAGCCUUUACAAGGCAGACAAGCAACUUGUCCGCCUGAGAAAAGUCCCACUAUAAUUACGUCGAUUGUCUAUGUUUUUCCUAUGUUUUUGAGAGCCCCUGUAGGUACAAUGAUCGCCCUUCCACUCGAUUCUGACGCCUAUAUGGACGUUGAUGGCAGCUAAUAGAUAAGGGUUACUACAAUUUCACGUUCGAUGCAAAGACUGGCGAGAGCGAGAGGAUUUAUUGUUUGCAGACGGAGGUCUGUUUGCGAUGGGAAGACGAGGAGAAGAACCAACUCUACCCACAGAAUUCAUGGAGGGAUUGUAAGUGGCCAAGAUGAGUGGCAGAGGUCGUCCUGCAGGACAAUAGACCUGUGGGGUCUCAAAUUUAUAUUCGGUUGUAAAGAGCUGCAGUGAAUCAGAUGGGACUAUUGAAUCAUAGGAAGUGGUAUCCAAGUAUUUCUCUCUUAGUAUUUGAUAAGUUUUAUAAGAUUGGC